UUGGUUCUCAGCUGUAACAGCGCCAGCUCGGAGGCUUUUAUAGCCCAGCUCAUUAGUAUAAAUAGACGGAUAAUCGUUACAAGCAUUUCAUUUCAAAUACAUUUCUAUUAACAAAUAUUGGCGAAUAACGCAAUGCAGCUAUUAUUGAGGCCUUGGUUAUGCCUUGUACUAUUGGCAUUAGUCAGUGUUGCAGUUCGAGCCCAAAAUGAUGGUCGCUACAAGCCGCCAACAAGGCCACCCACAAGACCAACACCGAAAAGUGAUGGUCGUUAUCGUCCUGCCAACGAUGGCAGAUAUCGUCCAGGAGGCGAUGGUAAAUAUCGUGGUGGUAAUGAUGGCAAAUAUGUCCACAAGGAUGUGAAAUAUGUUCACGACGAUCGUCCAGGAGGAGGUUAUACGGGCGAUGCAAAUCCCUAUAAGCAGGACAAGGAUCGUUUUGGUCCUGGUGGUGGCGGCGGUGGUGGUGCUGGAAAUGCAGCUGCAAAUGGUGCAAAUGCAGGUGGUGGGGCAGGUGCUAAAAAACCGUCAUCGGGCAGUGGUAGUGGAGGAGGUGGUGGAAUUUUAGCUGCAGCUGUAACAGCCAAACCCUUACCAAAAGGCAAGGGAAGUGGUGAGGGAAAAAAUGGCUGGGCAAUCAUACGUUUGGAAGAUAAAGUCGAAGAGGAUGGCUAUCAUUACCUAUAUGAAACAGAAAAUGGUAUUUUGGCUGAAGAAAACGGACGCAUUGAAGCUCUCCAAACUGAUCCGGGCCUACGUUCCAAAGGAUUCUACGAAUACACCGGUGAUGAUGGCAAUUUAUAUCGCGUAGAAUAUACAGCCGAUGACAAUGGUUUUGUGGCCCAAGGUGACCAUUUGCCAGUGGUUCCACCUCACAUACCCAAAUUGUUGGCUUAUUUGGCAGCCAAUGCCUCAAACAAGAAGUAAACGAGCCGUAAUAUUCUCUCCACUUUAAAGUAAUUCUUUCUUUGAUGACUAACAAAAAUUGUAAUAAAAAUAUUGAUGACUAAUGAUUGGGUAAUAAAAUUGUGUUUGAUGUUGA